GUCUCUGGGUGAGCAGAGCGCGUCUGAGUCAAAUUGGAAACAAAACAAGGUGUUGUGAUCGAUUCAAAACAGAAAACAGGACCUGGCUAUGGCUACUUCUAUACUUGGGGAAGAACCACGAUUCGGAACUACCCCAUUGGCUAUGCUGGCUGCUACCUGCAACAAAAUUGGUAACACUAGUCCUCUCACCACAUUACCUGAUUCCAGCGCUUUCUCGAAAGGUGGAUUUCACCCUUGGAAAAGAUCGUCCUCUAGCUGUAAUUUGGGAACAAGUCUGCCCGGUUUCACCGUGGCGACGAGUAGGGGAUCGACAGGACUAACCUCGACAGCUGGCACGGGCAACAGCGCUUUUUGCCUGGCAUCCACGUCCCCCACGUCCUCGGCAUUUUCUACUGAUUACAGCAGUUUGUUCUCGAACUCGGCCAGCGUUGCAUCGCAAGAGUCUGGACAGUCGGCUUUCAUAUCCAAAGUUCACACAUCAGCAGAAAGUCUCUAUCCAAGGGUGGGCAUGGCGCACCCUUACGAGUCGUGGUACAAGUCAGGCUUUCACUCGACAAUCUCGAGUGAAGUGGCAAACGGAGCGUCCCCGUGGUGGGACGUCCACACCAAUCCCAGUUGGCUAGAAGUGCAGAAUUCCGCCAGCACUCUGCAGACCUCAUUGCACUCGGGGACUCCACAAGCCAUACACUCUCAACUAAGUGGUUACAACGAUUUCCCUACCCUGACACACUCUGCGUUCAGCUCCACCGGUAUAAGUCCCUCUGCCUCUCAUCUCCUGUCCACGGGCCAGCAUCUGUUGACACAAGAUGGUUUCAAAACAGUCAUACCCACUUACACGGACACGUCUGCCGCAAAUGCCAUGAUAUCAGGUACAAGUUCUACGAUAGGAAGUUCAUCGCGGUCAUCUAGGAGAUACUCCGGCAGGGCGACAUGCGACUGCCCUAACUGUCAGGAGGCAGAGCGGCUUGGGCCUGCAGGGGCCAGCCUCCGCAGAAAGGGACUCCACAGCUGUCACAUUCCGGGUUGUGGCAAAGUAUAUGGGAAAACGUCGCACCUCAAAGCUCAUCUCAGAUGGCACACGGGUGAGAGACCUUUUGUCUGUAACUGGUUAUUUUGUGGUAAGCGCUUUACCAGAUCUGAUGAACUCCAGAGGCACCUUCGUACCCACACGGGGGAAAAAAGGUUUGCCUGCCCCGUAUGCAACAAGCGCUUCAUGAGAAGCGACCACCUGAGCAAACACAUUAAAACGCACACCGCAGGCGGAGGAGGUAAAAAGGGAAGUGAUAGUGACACCGACACCAGUAACCUCGAGACACCCAGGUCCGAGUCCCCGGAACUUCUUUUGGAAGGAGUCAACCCUAAUAGGGUCAAGGACCCCUCUCCUCAUCACGAUUCCUAGACUGAAUUCCAUCGGUAUAAUAUCAGAAUGACCUCUGUAUAGUGACAAAAAUCAGCUCAUUUAGGUUUAUGAAAACAAGUGAGCUUUGAGAUUGUGAAACACUGCUAAACAGGGAUCAAGUGUCCGCACUUUGAGAGAAAUCAUUAAUUUAGUUUAAACUAAAAACGAAUUCAACUCUGAUUAGUAUUUUAUCUUCUAAAUAUGAAACAGCUGAUAUCCAAUUACACUUCUGCUUUUUUCCUGGACUCAAGCUGACAAGUGUUUUGACAAAAGACAUUUUUAAGGAUCCGUGCGCAAAGAGGAAACCCAAAAGAAUUUGACUGGAACAUUUGCGUCGAAUUUUCCAUGUACAUAUGUGGACAACAAAUGACAUGUUAUUUUUCUUGUAAAUGUUAUGGUUGUUUUGUCCGUGGUGGAUCCUGAAAUUCAGGGAGUUUUCUUUACUUUCGACGCACUUUGUGGAUGUCAGUAUGUAUGUACACAGCUAUUUAAAUAUUCAGUACCCACUUUCCUUUCCUCGCGAAAAUAUAAAUGUUUAAUUGUAUAAAGCUACACGUAUAAGAAUUUCAUUUUUAAUUAAAGGGAUUUAAAAUCCAAAGCGCUCAGUGUUUCAGAAUUUUCUGUGGACAUACAUUGCUUAAAAAAAAAAACCUUCGAUUUUAUAUAGCCUACAGUGUUAUUGAUCCAAAAACGCAUGGAUGAAAUGUGUGAGAUAUAAGAAUGCGACUGUCAUAUAGGAAAAAUAACGAAUGUUUAUUGAAAUAAUUUAUCAAGAACCACUGAUCAGCGCAAACGCAUUGACGAACUUUUCCCCCGUGGAAUAAAUCAAUAGUUAAUGCCCCGGAACAGACAUUAUGUGCCCAAAUGAAAAUCUUGUUAAAUACCAUUAAUUAUGACUUGGAGCAUAUCGCAACCCCAUGUGUCUUGUAUUUGCGAUUAGGGAUUCGUGUCUUAUCAAAUAUCUAAUUAAUCUCCGAGACAUCAUUUGUUCAGCUCUUCUUUAUCUGGGGGUUUCCAAGGGGGGUUCGGGUGACAAAGGGGCUGCUGAAUAUUUAUUUUAAUCGCCCAAAUUAACUGCUUGAAUUUGCAUGUCAAGCGAAAAAUGGUGGCCCAAAAGUGGGCUAACAUAAAGAAUCGUUUUAGCUUUUUACAACAUGCACUUGAUUUGGUGUUAUGGGAACUUUAAAAAAAAAUGCAGGAAAGCUAUAUGCAAAUUGUGCAUUUAAAAUGCUCUUUUAGCGGCACCGCCAAAUGAUACUUGCAUGCUAUUUGAAUAUCAGUGGCCCUGUAUUGAAAAGGUUCAAGGAUGCUCUCUGACUUCUUUGUAUUUACCCAGUGCAGCGUCCGAUUCCAAAGAAAACCCCAAGGAAUAAUUACAGCGUGGGUCCAGGCCUGGGAACUCGUUAGUGGAAGG